UUCGUAAAAUUAUUAUAUGUACAAGUAGCUGUUUUUUAUUAUUACCUAAAUUUAUAUAUUAAUCUGUCCUCUAUUAUAAAUGGCAACUGUAGCAGCAUUAUCAACAGAUUUAGGAUCACCAUCAACGACAUUACCACCAAAACCUUUAAUUACAAAUACAACAUUAACACGACAAAGACAACAAACUGGAAAGUAUGAAAAUAAUUUUGGAUAUGUUCCUUCAACAGCAAAUUCUGAAAAAUCUUUUAAUAAAACUUUAUCUUCCCUUCCCGAUAGACCACCACCUCCAAUUAUUCCUCCAAUUCUUAACGUGGAAAGAGGAGAGCCAACGCGACACGGAGAACGGGAAAAUUCUGUCAAGCAGUUUAGUCAAAGUUAUGAUCAGACACAACUUCAACUUUUGAACAAAAAAUUAUCAUUGAGCAGACAGUCGACGAUUGGAACCAAAAAUGUGUUAACACAGUCAAAUUCAUUCCCAAACACUGCCUCACCCUCGCUUCUUUCAAGUCCAAUGAGUACACCUGGAACGCAGCGACGUUUACAACCGAGUGGUAUAAAAUUACCUGCUCCUCCAGCCUCUUUACUUAAUGGAUUGCCAAAAGGGGUAGUUAUGGCAGCUGCUGGACGAAGAAUAGGAAGCGGAGCACAGAAGAGUAAUUUAAUUAAUGGAACUACUGCCAAUGUAUUACCAAGUGCAGCAUUAAGUGAUCAUUUACGAGAAUAUGUGCCAUUGCCAGAAGCAGCGGCGCAAAUGCUUAUGAGACAGAGAGCUGAGGAAUUAUUGGCAGCUAAUGAAUUAAACAAUUUUCGGAAUAAAAAGAAUGGUUUAGCUUCCAGAGGUCAAUUACAAUCUAGAAUAAUUCAAAUGCCUAAAGAAUGUAAUAAUGAAACUAAAGAAUCUAAUGAUAAUGAUGAGGAGAAAGAAAUUAAAAAUUGUAAUAAUAAAUUAGAAAAACCAUUGGCAACAAUUGCCGAUGAAGAAAUGCCACAAAUGAAAAUUGUUGAACCAACAUUAAAAUGUAGAAUACCUUCCCCACUUUCUCUACCCCAAAAUGACGACGAAUUAAAUUUAAAAAAUACUUUAGAACAAAAUAAUACUUCAACAUCCCAACAACAAAUAAUUCCUAUAGCUUCACAAACACAAAUUAAAACACCUCCACCCCCUCCUCCCCGAAUCCAAUCACCCCUUCCAUUUAAUAGUAGAGUGCCUCCACUUUAUCCACCAGUAAAUGAAGAUGGUGGAAUAAAUGACGGGCCUAGACGUCGGUCAAUUUCUUCCGCAGCUGUUGGUCCUUAUUUACAAACAGUUAUGGCACCUCCAAUGAGUCCAAAAGGGCAUGUUAAUAUGUUACCUGCAAUUGAUGAACCGACUAAAAAAGCAAGAAACACAAUCACUGCUACACCUUCAAGUAAUACUAGCAACGGAAGUAAUUCUACUACUAAUUUCUUUAGAAAUGGGAAUAACAAAAAUUUUCGUAAAAAAUGGUUAUUGAGAGGGGCAUUAAUUGCCACAUUAAGUAUUGGAAUAUUAGCUAUUAUUUUAGUAAUUAUUUUAACUUCUUUACCUUCAAAUAAUGGAGAUAAUAAAAUAUUAAAUAAUACAACAACAACAACAAUAUCUUCAAAUACAAUUAUUACAACACAAACUCCAUUAACAACAACAACAACUAUCACAACAACUUUAGGUCCAGUAAAUAUUGUUGGAGGGGCAAUAUUUGCUCCAAUUUCAAUGCAAAAUCAUUCAAAAUAA